AUGGUGCCUCAACAUGGUGAUGGUAUUGACACUAUGAAACAAGAAGCAGCAAAUUUAACUGGAAUUGAUUAUCACUCGUUGUAUGAGCUUCCAAACCAGCAGCGAUCAUUCAUGACUUCAUCCAACUCAUCUUCAUCUACCUUCAAGACACUUCAAUUUGGUGAUGCAGAUAAAGUUUCAUCUUCUGUGAGCAUACUAAAAGACACACUGCAACGCAAGAUAACCGAGAAGGAAGCCACAGAUAAAAGCCUAAAUGGAAUCUUUUGUCCUCAAGAACCUGUUUUCCACAGAAAAUUGGAGUCAUCAGAAGCCAGGACAGCUACACAAGAACCUUCUCAAAGUGAAUCCUCUGCUGCUGCACCUGUUGUCUCCUCUGGUUUAGAUGCUUGUGAAGGUUUCAGAGAACAGAUAAUGGAUAAUCUCAAAGAUGACCGAAAGAGGAGAAGUCUAGACAGAUAUGGAUCUGUAUCAAUGGCUGAGGCAAAGGAAAGAAACUUAACACCAUCAGUUCCCUCGGACAUGCAAGCUGUCUUGAAGCGUUGCGAGACCCUUGAAAAGGAAGUCCGGUCGCUAAAAUUUAAUCUGUCCUUCAUGAAUAGGAAGGAUUCUGAACAGACAAAACAGCUAGAAGACCUUCAGAGGCAGAACAAGAGUUGGCAGAUGAAAAAGAGCACCUCCUAG